AUGUCUGUGCUCCGCACGUCGCUCACUGGGCAGCAGCGCGAGGUGGAGGAGCGGCUUCGGACGGUCUGUCUGCUCCUCUGCGGCCUGGCGGUUGUCGCAGCCGGCCUCUACUACCUCAAGGCGAUCCUCAUCCCGCUCGUGCUCGCUGUCUCGCUCAUGUACAUCCUUCAGCCGCUCAUCGACUUUCUCACGCGCCGCCCGCUCCUCUGCUGCGGCCGGCGCUGCUGCGUCCAGCGUCCGAACCUCGACGGCGUGCCUGCGUGUCUGCGCCCCGUCGCCGAGAGCUGCCUGCUGGUGCGGCUGCCGUACUGGCUUGCCGUCUGCGUCGCGCUGGUGGUCGCCUGCGCCGUGAUCGCCUUCUUCGGCUUUGUGGUCGCCGACUCUGUGCGCACCUUCUCCUCCAAGGCGACCGAGUACACCGCGCGGGUGCAGCUGCUCGCACGGACGCUGGUCAGCUGGCUGGACGACAUGCAGAUCAGCUGGCAGCACUACAUGACGUCGCCGAGAGGCUCGCUCGCGCACGCCAACGCCACGGCGGCGGCGCCGCUCAUCGACCCUGCCCGCAUUGAGGAGCUCGCCAAGAAGGUGCCGGUCGGGGACAUGAUCCUGUCGCGGCGCAACAGCGCGUUCGGGGUGAGCACCUCUGCCCACGGCGACGCGGCGAUCCGCUCCUACCUGAAGAGCAAGAUCGGCGUCUCGAUACUGGUCGGCCUCGCCACCGCCGUCUCGCUCGCCGCACUGGGCGUGGACCUCUGGCUCGUCUUUGGUGCGCUCCCUCUGGCGGCGCACGGCUUCGCUGGCAACGUGCUCGAGCCGAUGCUCUUUGGCUCGACGCUGCGGCUGCACCCCGUGGUCGUCCUCCUCUCGCUGAUGACGUGGGCGGCGCUCUGGGGCGUCACCGGGAUGGUGCUCGCCGUGCCGAUCACCGCGGACCAGCGCACGCCCCUCGCCAGUGCGCCGCCGUACCAGUCUCUCGAUCUGUGGGCUAGCGAGAAUGUCUGAUGAGUGGCGGGGCUGGCCAUCUGCGAGCGCACACCUCUGUGAGAACUGAAUCGCGCGCGCCACACAAGACGCGAGCUGGAUGCAGUGGGAGCAGGGCCUUGCAGGGUCUACACACUACAGGGCGCGUGGGCCAGCGCUGCAUGUGUAUUGUGCCCCAUUGAGAUACAACCAUGCGCUUCGUGGCC